AUGCCGACUUUGGCCAUUACUCAAUCGAAAUAUUUCACCGUUGUCUCUGUGCUGAUCCUGAUUCUCGCCCUAUUUCCAGGGUUUCCACAGUAUAUUCUAGGUCUUCCGCUCCGACUGCUCGUAUAUCCUUUCAAAUCGCCCGCGACCCUCUCCGUGGCUUUUGAGUGUCCUCCGGGCUGCGUCGCGCAGAACACGCUUCACAACAUGUCUACAUCGUGGUUUCAGAAAACAUUCACGCUUCCUGCGAAAUCUCGCGGCUCCUACCUCAUUACAGACCACGUUGUGUCGUCGAUACCCGAGAUUAAGGAAUAUAAGGUCGGGCUUCUGAACCUCUUUAUUCAACAUACUUCAUGUGCGCUCUCUUUGAAUGAGAACUGGGACAGUGAUGUCAGAGAAGAUAUGAGCGAUGCGCUUGAUAGGAUUGCUCCAGAAGAUAGGAAAGGCAAUCUAUACAGACACUCGGCAGAAGGCUUGGAUGACAUGCCUGCACACAUCAAGUCAGCACUCAUCGGCGCAAGUGUCACAAUCCCCAUCACAGACGGCACCUUAAACACUGGGACAUGGCAAGGUAUCUGGUACCUGGAAUUUCGAGCAGCAAAGCAUUCGAGAAAGGUGGUAGCGACCAUUCAAGGCCGGACACAGUGA